AUGCCAUGCAUGUCAAGUGAACACUCCCAGCAGCAGAAAACAUCACCUAUGGAAAUACCAUCACCACCAACAAACAACUGGGAACAUCUAGCAAUUGACCUUAAAGGACCGCUUCCGCCGAACAACGAGUCAAUCCUUGUCAUCAUAGACUAUAAAACUCGAUAUCCUGUAGCCAUUACCAUCCGAUCAACCACAACACGACAUGUUAUCAAUUGUCUCGGGAAAACCUUUUCUAUGUUUGGAUAUCAUGGCAAAAUUUGCUCCGACAACGAUCCUCAAUUUACAUCAGCAGAAAUCGAGCAAUAUUUUAAAGAGCGGAACAUUCACCAUGAACGUUCAUCUCCCUAUAAUCCACAAGGGAACGGUGAAGUAGAGAGAUUCAAUAGGACGCUAAGUAAAGUCAUAAAAUGUGCAAUCACUGAACAGAAAGACUGGAAGAAAGAACUUAACCACUUUCUUCUCAUGUACAGAACCACACCGCACUCUAUCACCGGCGUUUCACCAGCUGAUAUGCUCCUCAAACACAAACCAAACAACGGUAUACCAUCAUUUGAACCAACUUCAGCUAUAGAGAACACUUCACAAGAAAUGGAAAGAUCCGAAGACACCGACACUAUAAGUGACAACCAGCCGCAAUACUUCACAUUACUUGCAGAUAAAGAAAUCAACUUAGACGAAUCUUAUGAAACUAUUGCAUAUCAAGAAGACUCAGAUCAUGAACAUGAUCCAGCAUAUUUUACUAGAUCGGGUAGAGCUAUUAGACUUCCUGGAUACAUGAACAACUUCAAAGUUGGAGAUUGA